UGAAAUGAACCAAAUGGUUGAAUCUUAUUGCUAGUCCGCCCACUUUCUUCGAGUGUGCUGGAGAUGAUGUGUACACAGUACACAUUGCUAGGUGGAUCAGUUCCGAAAUGGUGCAUGAAUACAAUCUCCUUCUCGUAGGUCGGAUAGGAAAUGGUAAAAGCUCCACAGGUAACACGAUUCUCGGUAGACCCGAAUUCAGUCCCAGGGCCGCCUGCAGGGUGAGCAGGGAUGACAUCAUGAAAUACGGCACAGUCCGGGACGAUGAGCGGAACCGGCUGAUCCACGUCGUUGACGGAACGGGGAUAGGGGACGCGGGGAAAGAUGCCCAGCUGGAUAAAGAAUCCCUUAUAGCACGCAUGAAUGAGAACCUGUGGAGCCACGUCACUGAACUCACGGCCGUCGUCCUGGUGCUGAAGUUCGGGGUGACCUUCACCAAACAGGAGAGGGUGCAGGUGCAGGCCAUCAAGGGAUUGCUCGGAGAUGACGUCAUGAGGAGAUGGGGCGUCAUCGUCAUGACGUACGGAGACAACUUUGAAAAAGACAACGCUACGUCCUUUGAAACCUGGUGCCGAGACCGGAGGGGAGAAUUUAAGAGACUUCUGGAGGAGUGCGACCACAGGUGCGUGCUGUUCAACAACCGGAACCGGACACAGGAUCAAGUCGACAGGCUGUUUGUCUUGGUGGACAAAAUUCAAUGUCCGUACAAGAAACGAUAUUUCGACAUCAGAGUAGAGGACGAUGGACUCGGUGGAGAAGAACAUCACAUAUUGAACGACAAAGGCUUGACGAAUAAAGGGGUCACUAAGAAUGGAACACAUCCUGGUCUGAAUGGGAGAAGAUGUAAGUUGAUGUAUUUCAACGCCAUAUUUAUUGAACUUACUCAUGGCGCGUUUUUAAAAUUAGCUUUCAUGCAAUCAGAACCUGUAUGUCAUGUCAUAGGUUUUUAAUUCGUAGAUGACUUGUUAGCCCAAUAGUUCAGAAUUUAGAAUUUAGAUUAUUGGAUACUAAAACUGCCAUUUAUAACCUAGCUGUAUGCCAAUUUCUUAGACCACUAGCUUUCAGCCAGGUCUCACCUAGUGUCCAUUGUCUUAAAUAAGAAGAUUCCAGCUAGGUUUUACCGUUUUUUCUUCUUUACUCAGUGGAUGUCAGCCAGUACUCGCCUAGUUUUGAAAAUUUUUAAACAGUAGUUUUUCAAACAGCCAUUUUAAACAUCAUCGACUGGAAUGGCAAGAGACAGUUAUUUUUAUACAUUUAGUAAAAACACAAUUAAUGACUAUUGCCAUUAAUAUAUCAUUAUACAUACUCUCUAAACUUAUUAACAAUAACAAGGCACCGAAAUUAAGAACAAACUCAUUAAAAGAACAUAUUGCUCUGAAUUUAUCACUCACAAAAGCAUCAUAUCCCCCUGAAUUUAGCACUCACUAAAAGAGCAUAUCAUGUAACACACCCUAAUACAGUAUCUGGUCUAAGACCGAAGCAUCACCAAUAAAUACAGCAACAUUUGAGAAACAUGCCUAUUAAUUUCAGGUCCCACACAAAUCGGUUAUUGGCUCCAAAACCUGUGCUGCAUUAAACCACGCAACAACACUAGAGUGGGAGAUGAGCGGAGUGUACACAUAACAGAAUAUGUUGAGUUGAGUUUGGUCUACAAUCAACAGAAGAGCGGGAGAUGAGAGUGGUGUACACUCAAUAGGAGAGUGGGAAAUGAGUGUGGUUUACAGACAUAAGAGUGGGAGAUGAGAGGGGUUCACAGGCAGAGGAGUGGGAGAUGAGAGUAGUUCACAGGCAGAAGAGUGGGAGAUGAGAGUGGUUCACAGAAAGAAGAGUGGGAGAUGAGUGUGGUUCACACGUAGAAGAGUGGGAGAUGAGUGUGGCUUACAAACAAGACAAGAGCUAUAAUUUACUAGGACAAGCAAGUUAUGAGAUGCAUUAAAGUAGAAAUUCUUUUAUGUUUUCCAUACACAAUAUUCAUACGGAUCAUGCAAUAAUACGAAUCUAAUCUAAUGAAAAUGUCUCUUUUUUUUUUAGCAUUGUUCAAACAGAUUUUACAAAUUUUAACUUUUUUGUUGAAUCUUAUUUAUUCACUAAUAGGUAUUUAAAUUUAAGACUAUUACCAAUUUAUAUAUAUCAAAACCGAAUUAUCCCUACACAUAGAAACCAGCAGUCCAGUGUCGUUAGAGCCCACUUCUGUAAUUGCCACAUUUACUUAUGUUAAAUCUCUCCUGUAAAGCUAUGCAGUUGGUUCACAGGCCAAGAAACACGCUGGUCCCAUUCUGACUGAUGAAAUUUGUACAUUAAACGACGCCCGCCACUCAACCGAAAAAAAAAAAAGAAAAUCCAUUAAAUGAUGCUUCAAAAUAUGUUCUUGCCACCGUUCAGAUCUCUAACAUUAGCGAAAAAAUCUAUAAAAAUAAUAAAAAUAAAUGCAUAAUUUAUAAACUUCAGCGAAUGAACAGGAC